AUACGCAUAUAUAUAUAUAUAUAUAUAUGUUGAAGAAAGAAAGGAGUAUGCUUGUGGAAGACUCACAAACACCAACUGAUUAAGAAGAGGUCAAUGUGUUCAUAACAAUAAUAAUACAAGCCACUAAGAUGGACUACCUUUUUUUCAAUUUAAGAAAAAGAUGGGAUAUCCUUCCUAAUAAGAUUUGCUAAUUCAAGUUUGAGUUUUAUAACUAUGUUUAGGUAAUUCCUCGAUUUUAAAGGCCAAAAAAACAAUCAAUCAAUGAUUCUUAACGGGAAUUUUGUAAAUUUAAUAAACAAUAUCAAUGUGCUAGACUCUCGUUGGCUCUGGAUUUCAUGAGUAAAUAAUUAAUUAUACACAAAUGUAAACUAAAAAUAUUAUAGUUUAAAAUAAAAUAACCAGCAAAAACACCUUUUAGUGGGGAAAAUAAGUAUCAAUCAUCUCGUAUAGUAAUGAAUGAAUUAAGGAAAUAAAAAUUCUAAAAGAGAUGCUAUUUUGGUGAACGCUGUUAAUGUGAAUUCAAUUACAAAUUGUUUAGUUUAUUUGGAAGAUUGUGAUUCUUUCCUUGAUUGCAGCGUCGUCAUUACCACCAAAACUUCCAAUUUCCAUAACAUUUUUGAAUAAUGUAACUAACUGUAGCUGUAUGAGAUUCGAGUCAAUUAAGGGAUAAAUACAGUUAACCUGCUCCGGAAUGUAUCCAAUUUGCCAAAUCCGAGCCACGUGCAUGCCAACCAUUAACGAUCUUCCCCGCCUCCUCUCUUCCCUGUUUUCUCGUCCAUUUUCCAUGGAAACAAACAGCUCUUCCUCCCGUGUAUAUAAUAUAUAUAUAUGUAUGUAUGUAUCGGCCUUUAUCAACUGAACUUCGAGAUCAAGAUUUGAAUCUUCCUCAACUUCAAGGCCUCUCUCUCUUGCUUUGCUGCUUUCUCCUUUUCCUUCCCUCUAUGCUAAGUUUGAAAGAGAUCCACUUUGACAUCUAAUUCCCAUUCAUUGCCACCAAAGUUUCGAGUGUUAAAGGCUUAAAGCGCUCAGAUUCCCCCUCCGUUUAUCGGGUUUUGAUCUUUUUUGUGACCGGUAAAAGCACUGAAACCGACCUUCGACAAGUACGUUUCCAUCCCAAAAUUCCAAGGGACAAUUUCGAGAUAACCAAGAAAGAUGCUAACCAAGCUCAUUGCCAUUGUCUAUAAUUCCAGAUCUCUAGAACCAAAUCUGAAUUCCAAUUCUAUUUUGCCGUCAAAUUGAGAGGUUACUACUUACUAGUGUGCCAGAGAAUGCAGAGGCGGAAAUUGAAUGUCGAAGCGAGGGUAGGAAGAAAGUGUAGAAUCAGAAAGCGAGGCUGUUCUUCAUCGUCAUCUUCCUCAUUGGUGCACAAUUACCGGUUGAAAAGAGCAGUUUCUGUCGGGAAGAGAGGCUGGUCGAACACUAAGUAUCCACCAUGUAAGGCUGUAGCUGCCUCUGCGCGGGGACGGGCCACAGCUCUCUGGGAGUUCAAUGAAGUUUCUUUGCCCGGAGUGGGAGAGAGUUGGGAAGGGAAUAGGGAGAUGGUGGUGAGGAGCAGAGGGGGAGUUCUAAAGGGACUGCAAUCAGGUUGUUCUACGGCUCAGAGAUUGAGUGAAUAUAGACAUGGUGAUUAUGGAAGAAGGUCCGUUAUUCUUCGUUUGGGAGGCUUGGAGCCGUCUCUUCAGGAUUCCGGCAUAAUUAAGGCUGAGACUCAAUCCUGUGGUCAAACUCCAAGUAAAUGUGUAGUUGAUGUUAAGACUUGUUUGAAGGACGUUCGUAAUGGCCUCACUGCAUCUAAGGAGCUCGUGAAGGUGUUGAAUCAUAUUUGUGUUCAGGAUGAACGUUGUUCCUCAGGAAUCUCUCUACUUUCAGUGCUGCAAUCUGAACUUGGUCGAGCUCGCAUGCACAUUGAUCAGCUGAUCCAAGUGCAGCAAUCUAACCGCGGUGAGAGAGAUUGCCUUCUGAAGCAGAUUGCAGAAGAAAAGGCAUCUUGGAAAAGCAGGGAGCGAAAUAGAAUUUGGAAUGCAAUUUCAUCCAUUGCAGAAGAACUCGAGGUAGAGAGGAAACUGAGAAGACAAACUGAAAGACUGAACAAGAAGCUCGGCAGAGAGUUGGCAGACAUGAAGUCCUCUUUGUCCAAGACACUGAAAGAGCUCCAGAGCGAGAAAAGGACAAAAGAGACAAUAGAGCAAAUAUGUGAUGAGUUAGCUAAAGGCAUUGGAGAAGACAGGAAUGUGGAAGAAAUGAAAAAAGAAUCAGGCAGAGCUUGGGACAAGGUGGAAAGUGAGAGUGGUAUGAUUCCUCUUGCUGAUGCGUCGCACAAGGAAAGAGUACAGAUGAAGAUCUCAGAAGCCAAACAUAAGUUUAAGGAGAAAAAUGCAGCUGUUGAGAGUGACGACGGAGGCUACUUAAGAACUGAACUGAGUAAACUAAAAAGCGAUGGCUCUCCUAGCUAUGACAGAAUCAAGGAGCUUGAAGAGUAUUUGAGGAAGAACCUCACUCCAACAUGUGGUAAUCAAGAGAGAGAGAGUGAUAGAGGGGAGACUGUGAGUCGACAGGAGCUUGAGGGAGACGAUUCGGCUAGCAGUGAUCUUCAUUCGAUAGAGUUUAAUGUGGAUAACACUGGGAAGGGAUUCAAUUGGAGUUACACUUGCAGGGGUGUUACUCACAAUGAUGCAGUUGAUGAAGAAAUCAAUCAAAGGAGGACCAUCAAAGAGAGAGUUCAGAAAAAUAGAAUUGACUUGGAAGAGAAGUACACAGAUGGGUUUGGAUGGAAUUUAGGCAAGAAAGCAGAGGAAUAUUCAGAUUGGAUCGACAAGGGACGAAUACUGGAAUUUGCCUCGCAGGUUCAGAGAAAAGAUUAUAAAGAGGAAAUGGAGAGAUACAAGAUGGUAAAAGAUCUUAGAGACCACAUAUUAUUUAGAACAAGAAAAGCAGCUCCCUAAGGCAUUGCCAAUCCUAAGUUCCUAAAGAAACAGACACUGGAUCUUUACCUUCCCAGGAAUCUGGCAUUAUGGUAUGUGAUAAAGUUUUGGCAUAUAUUGGAGUGUGUUGGCCUGGAGGCAGCAAAAUGAAUCCAAGUGGAGAAAGGUAUUUUGUUUAUUUGCUUAAUCCGUUUCAUGACAGACCAAGCCAACUCUCUUGCAUAUAUGCCAACAUAUAGUUAGAAUGUUAGGUCUCUCCAGCCUCCAGGUAGCUACCGUCUGUUGGACAAAGUCCAUUGCUGAAUAGGAAUAUAUUGAGUCUGAUGAAACGUUUUGUAUAUUGCUACCAAAAACGACUCUGAUUGUCUGAACAAAAAGUCUGAUCUAUGUUCCUUUGCAGUGGAUGUACUAAAAUGUAUCAAGUUUUGCCUUGGCUUUGAUGAUUUCAUUGCGAUUGGGAAGGCAGUUGUAAUGAUGUGAAUGAUUACUAACAAAACUAUAAAAUUCAUCAAUGCAAAAAAAAUAUCAAAAAUACUGACGGGACAUAAAAAAAUAAUUAAAAAAGAACAGAACCAUCUUAAUAUAAUCCAAAAAGACGAGAGAAAACAAACAACAAACAGGCCUUCCAAUAUUCAUGUAAGCCAAUACUGAUUUGUUUCAACAUAUUGAAUUAGUAAUCAAUUAUAAUCAUAAUCAAUAUCCUGGCAUGGAAGCUUCUAAUAAAUCUAAUUUUACUUAUU